AAUGGGUAACAGCACAUCUUAAAAUGAAUUUAACGCUCAACAUUAUUAACACAAUUCAGGUUUAUCUAUAAAAGAAGUUGAAGGAAUAAAAAAUGUUUUUGAUUCUUUGGAUCCAAAAGUAUUUAUCAAAAAAUUCAAAAUGUUAGGAUGGCUUAAUAUAGACAGGAACACUUCGAAAACUUUACAGAGACUCAUAUGAUGCACCAUAGUUAAAUAAUAAGAUUGGGGAUAGAGAAACAUUAACAUUUGAUCAAUUUUUUGAGUUAAUGAAAACUGAUAUGUUAGAGAAAAAACGACAAUUUCCAGGAGUAGAUUUUGAUGAUGGUAUAAAUGAAAAUGUUUAAUGUUUCUUUUGCCAUCCUCAAAGACAACAGAGUUGA